AUGGUCGUCGUGUGGUCGUGUGUGACGGACUUCUUCACGUACGAAACGACCAAGUCCGUGGUGGUGAAGAGCUGGACCAUCGGCAUCAUCAACAGAGUGGUGCAGCUGCUGAUCAUCACAUACUUUGUCGGGUGGGUGUUCCUCCAUGAGAAAGCGUACCAAUCCAGAGACACUUCCAUCGAGUCGUCGGUUAUGACCAAAGUCAAAGGAUUCGGGAUUUACAAAGAACGUGUGAUGGACGUCGCAGACUACGUCACUCCAACACAGGGGGCGUCGGUCUUCUGCAUCAUCACCAAAAAGAUCACCACCGAAAACCAGUACCAGGGAUUCUGCCCAGAGAGUGAAGACAAAUACAGAUGUUUGAGUGACAGCUCCUGCAAAGCUGGGAAACCUGCGAGUAACGGAAUUCUGACCGGAAACUGUGUCCCGUGGGACGGAGAAAAUAAGACGUGUGAGAUCCAGGGCUGGUGUCCAGCAGAGGUCGACACUGUUGAAACAAUCCCGAUGCCACAGGUGGAAAACUUCACCAUCUUCAUCAAAAACAGCAUCCGCUUCCCGACUUUCAACUACACCAAAAAAGGGAGAAACCCUGGCAGUGGAGAGAAGGAGAGAGCUCUGACAAAGAACCAUGCAGCCACCGUAAACACCAGGACCAGGAAGGACCAGGUAGGACCAGGAAGGACCAGCGAGGUCCAGGAGUCCAUACAAAAACUAAGGUCACGUUGGUCACAGAGACUGGAGGGUGAUGUGAUUGGGAUGGUUUGUCUGUCGUGUGUCAAAGGGACAUGGGACCAGCGAGAGGUGGGACCAGGUGAAUGUACCAGAGAUGCAUGGAGAAGAAUGGAGCUUCUUUGA